AUGAUUUUACCAACUUUCUUCCUUGUAGUGGCCGCCCUGGAUUCUAUAUCCAGUUUCAAGAAUGACGGCGGUCCAUCGUCCCGGUCCGUCCGUCCGGACUGCGUGAGGGCCAGUGAGCAGUGCCUGAGGGAGCCCACCUGCAGCACCAGGUACCGGACCAUGCGGCAGUGCGUGGCCGGCGGCAGGCAGAGCAACUUCAGCGCGGUGACGGGCGCCGAGGCGCAGGGCGAGUGCCGGAGCGCCAUCGACGCCAUGAAGCAGAGCCCCCUGUACAACUGCAAGUGUAAGAGGGGGAUGAAGAAGGAGAAGAACUGCCUCCGGAUCUUCUGGAGCAUUUUCCAGAGUCUGCAGGGUAACGAUCUGCUGGAGGACUCCCCGUAUGAACCAGUCAAUAGUCGGCUCUCGGAUGUCUUCCACUUGGCCCCCAUCAUGUCAGGUGAGCCUAUAUCCACCAAGGAGAACAACUGUUUGAACGCAGCCAAAGCUUGUAACCUGAAUGACACAUGUAAGAAGUACCGCUCAGCGUACAUCAAUCCCUGCACCAGCAGAGUGUCUGCCUCGGAGGUGUGCAACAAGCGCAAAUGCCACAAGGCUUUGCGACAGUUCUUUGACAAGGUUCCCCCCAAACACAGCUAUGGGAUGCUGUUUUGUUACUGCCCAGCUGGAGACCAGUACGCCUGCACAGAGCGCCGGCGACAGACCAUUGUGCCCGCGUGCUCCUACGAGGACAAAGACAAGCCCAACUGCAUGUCACUCCAGAACGCGUGCAAAAGCAACUACAUAUGCAGGUCCAGGCUAGCAGACUUCAUCAGUAACUGUCAGCCAGAGGCCCACUCCAUAUCAGGCUGCCUGAGAGAGAACUACGCUGACUGUCUCCUGGCUUACUCUGGCCUAAUAGGAACGGUGAUGACCCCGAACUACCAGCGCUUUCUGAGCAUCAGCUUGUCUCCGUGGUGCGGCUGCAACGACAGCGGUAACAGCGAGGAGCAGUGCAGCAAAUUUGCAGAGUUUUUCACUACAAACCGAUGUCUGCGGAACGCUAUCCAGGCAUUUGGCAACGGCACGGACGUCGGGGUGUGGCAACCUCAGCCUCCCAUCCAGCCCAACACCCUGGAGCCCAGCAGCACCCGCAGGGAUAAGGAGCCAGCCGGGGUCGGCCUGGAUGCCCUGACCAGCGGCGGCAGUCUGGACCUGGCGGCCGACACACUCUAUCGCUUCUGUGGGAGCUUGCAGGCCCAGAAGCUGAAGUCCAACCUGACCGUUGAUUCUGCCCUGUGUGCGAACGCUCAGCUGGAUGACUCCGUGGACUCGAGCGCCAUCGUCCGCAGCCCCGCGGCUCGGCUCAGCCGCCUGCGGCCGCCCAGCAUGUUGCUCAUGUUGACCUUCGCCUUUGUGCCGUAGUGUGGCGUCCUGGAGGUUGCCGGCAUUUUCCAGAACGCGUGGA